AUGCUAAGUGCUGAGCCACGGAAGGGGGCUCCCAACCAGCGGGCGUGCUGGGGUCCCCAGCGGCAGGCGCGGGAUGGGGUGCAGGGGUCGCGGGGGCGCGCGCCCCGCGGCGCAGGCGCGGCCUGCGCUCUUCCUCGGCUGCGGGGGGCGCGCUCCGUGUCGCCACCCCUCGCAACGCUGGGGGCUGCCGGCAGUCAGACCAGCUCCAUGAGAACCAAGCACGUGAACGUGCUGAUCGCCCUGGCCGCCGUCAUGCUCUUCAGCUUCUCCUGCUUUUGCAUCUCCAGGAUGACUCAAAUCAGUAAUCAAUUAAUUAAUUGUAGAAACCAUAUUUUGGAGUUUAAGGAAAAAAUGCUACAUUUAAAAAACAAAACUGAAAGAAAUCGCCAAGAGCUGACCAAAGCCUUGAGUAAAAUGAAGUAUGAAAUGACACAGAGAAAAAAUAUGUCCAUAAACUUAGUUGAGAAGAAAAUGAAUACAUUGGGUAAGAAUGAAACAACAUCUAAUACAUUUGAAAUCCUAAAGUUCUUUUUUCCUCAUCUAAGGAAAGUAGACAGAAUUUAUCCUGAUGUAAUCAUUGGCAAAGAGAAAACAGGUGUCUCUUUCGCACUGGGCAUUUCCACUGUUAACAGAGGAAAUCAAAGUUACCUGAAGCAAACACUGAAUUCUCUCAUCUCCAGGAUGACUCCUUCAGAAGAGAAGGACUCUGUGGUGAUUGUCUCUGUCUCAGAUAGAAAUGAAGAUUAUUUAAAAUCUGUUGUUGGCAUGAUUACAAAAAGAUUCAAAAGGCAACUAAGGUCUGGAUCCUUAGAAAUCAUUUCAAUACCUGCCUUUUUUUAUCCAAACAUAUCACAUGUCAAGGAGUCAGCUGACAACUCAGGAAAUAGGUGCAUCAAACAAGUACUGGAUUUUUGUUUUUUGAUGCUGUAUGCCCAACCCAAGGCCAUGUAUUAUUUACAGCUAGAAGAUGAUAUCAUAGCUAAAAAGACAUACUUUACAAAAAUCACAGAUUUUGUGCAUAAUAUCACUUCAAAAAAUUGGUUUUAUAUUGAGUUUUCAAUUCUUGGAUUCAUAGGAAAGCUGUUUAAAUCUGAGGACUUAUCUGACUUUGUACGUUUUUUUUUAAUGUUCUACAAAGAUAAACCCAUAGACUUGCUCUUGAGGGACAUUUUUCAGGUAAAGAUGUGUAACCCAGGAGAAAAUCCUGAAAAAUGUGCAGAACGAAAUAAGCAAAUUUGUAUUCGAUAUAAACCUUCUCUUUUCCAGCAUGUGGGUAUACAGUCAUCAUUCCCUGGAAUAGAACAAUAUUCCAAAGGUUCUACAAUUUCAUGA